UGCAGCGCCAACCGAACUAAUUGAAUAACUGGGGCAGGUUACGCGUGCGCCACCCGUCCGUCCAGAAGUUGAAUCUUCCUUCGAAUUUAAGGAUUGUGUGCAUUUAAUGGCAGGAUGACUUUCCAGUUUAAUUUCACCAUAGAAGGCCAUCUGGAGAGCGAACUAUCGCCCCCUGGAGAUGGAGCCCUGGCCCUGGAUUCCUUACAAGAGCCUCCAGUCUCAGAAAGCCAGAAAGGUAACCACAGGGGCAGAGAGUGUUGUGCAGAACGGUUUGACCCACCUCGGGAUCCUCUGCGGCCUAAGGCAGCGGGAAGGGCGGCCCCCUCCCCAGACGCAGACAGCGCCCUGAGGGCACCUAACAGCUGGGGUGACGCGGAGCCACCUGGGACACAGCCCCGCUUGACAGCAGGUGCCAGAGAGCAUGCUCUGCCUAAAGACCUAAAGAAGGUGUUAGAAAAUAAAAGGGUGGAGAGGCUACCAGGUCCCCAGCCCGCUGACGGGCCAGCAGCGAAGGCUGCCCUGUUGCAGGAGAACCCUGCUGGGGAGAGCGCCGCUGCCGAAGGCCUUUCUGCUCACUCUGAUCUAAUUCCAGGUGUUUAUGAGGGAGGCUUAAAAAUAUGGGAAUGUACCUUUGACCUCCUGGCUUAUUUCACGAAGGCCAAGGUGAAAUUUGCUGGGAAAAAGGUGCUGGAUCUUGGCUGUGGGUCAGGGUUGCUGGGUGUCACUGCGCUCAGGGGAGGGGCCAGAGAAGUUCACUUUCAGGACUACAACAGCACCGUGAUCGACGGAGUGACCUUACCGAAUGCAGUGGCCAACGCCACCUUGGAAGACGAAGGACAGGGUGUAAACAAAGCAGGUUUGGAAAGGUGCAGGAAAUCAGAAGGGGCACAGAAACUACGUAAGUGCCGGUUCUUUUCUGGGGAGUGGUCUGAGUUUUGUAAGCUCGUACUAAGCAGUGAAAAACUCUUUGAAAAAUACGAUCUCAUCCUCACUUCAGAAACCAUUUACAAUCCGGAUUCUUACGGUUCUCUGCACCAAACGUUCCUUAGAUUGUUAGAUGAAAAUGGAAGGGUGCUUUUAGCCAGCAAAGCACAUUAUUUUGGUGUAGGCGGAGGGAUUCAUCUCUUUCAGAAGUUUGUAGAAGAGAAGAAUGUAUUUGAGACUAAAACUCUUGAAAUAAUUGAUGAAGGACUGAAGAGAUUCCUAAUUGAAAUGACUUUUAAGCACCCUAGUUAAUGUCCGCUGCAUGCCGUGAUUGGAAUAAACAGAAUAACCAGAAA